AUGCCAGCCCCGGAGCAGACCCCCGCGGUGGAGGACGGGCUGCUGCCGCCGGCGCAGGGAGCUGCCGCCGGCCCCGGCGCGGACGCGGAGGCGACCGCCACCACCAUCCUGGCCUCUGUGAAGGAGCAGGAGCUCCAAUUUCAAAGACUUACCAGAGAACUGGAAGUGGAAAGGCAAAUUGUGGCUAAUCAGCUAGAAAGAUGUAGGCUUGGAGCAGAAUCACCAAGUAUCGCCAGCACAAGCUCUACUGAAAAAUCAUUUCCUUGGAGAUCAUCAGAUGCUCCAGCCAGCAGCGCAAACAAACCCCGCGUGUCAGAGAGCGCUCACACCAAUGCCUAUCACGUCCGGACGGAGCCAGAGCAGGGGAGCCUCUACUCUCCAGAACAGACAUCUCUCCAUGAAAGUGAGGGAUCUGUAGGUAACUCAAGAAGUUCAACACAAAUGAAUUCUUAUUCUGAUAGUGGGUACCAGGAAGUAAGCAGCUUCCAUAACAGCCAAAACCUGAGCAAUCCAGAAAAUAGACAGCAACAUUCCCUCAUUGGAGCUGCCAACAACCACUUGGUGAGAAGUUCACGAGCUGAAGGACAGGCUUUAGUUCAGCCGUCGGUGAGCAUCGCGCCCAGCCGCACCAUGCGCCGCGUGAGCUCGGUGCCCUCGCGGGCGCAGUCUCCCUCCUACGCGGUGGGCACGGGGAUCUCGCCGUCGCGCGGCUCGCUGCGCGCCUCCCUGGGCAGCGGCUACGGCUACGCGGCCUUGGCCCGCGUUGGCUCCCCGCUGGCCCUCGCCGAUGUGCAAGCCCGAGUAGCCUCCCCCUCUCAAACCCAGCUGGGAUCUUCCUCCCCGAAACGCUCCGGCAUGACUGCGGUCCCGCAGCACUUGGGAACAACUUUACAAAGGACAAUUCAUGAUAUGGAACCGUAUGGACAGCAGUAUGAGAUAUACGAGAGGAUGGUCCCGCCACGUCCAGACAGCCUUACAGGCCUGCGGAGCUCGUACGCCAGUCAGCACAGCCAGCUGGGACAAGAGCUGCGCUCCGCCGUGUCUCCCGACCUGCACAUCACGCCUAUCUACGAGGGCAGGACCUACUACAGCCCCGUGUACCGCAGCCCCAACCACGGCACCGUGGAGCUGCACCACGGCUCGCAGGCGGCCCUGUACCGAACGGGCUCAGGAGUGGGAAACCUGCAGCGAUCGUCCAGCCAGCGCAGCACGCUCACCUACCAAAGAAACAACUACGCGCUGAGCACGGCGGCCACCUACGCGGAGCCCUACCGCGCGGCGCCGUUCCGGCUCGCGGAGCCCGUGUACGGGCGGCUGCAGCACGCGGCGCCCGCCGACGACGGCACCACGCGCUCCCCCUCCAUCGACAGCAUUCAGAAGGACCCCAGGCAAUUUGCCUGGCGAGACCCGGAGCUGCCCGAGGUCAUCCACAUGCUGCAGCACCAGUUCCCCUCCGUGCAGGCCAACGCUGCCGCCUACCUGCAGCACCUCUGCUUCGGGGACAACAAAGUGAAGACGGAGGUGUGUCGGCUGGGCGGAAUCAAGCACCUGGUGGACCUCCUGGACCACAGGGUGCUGGAGGUGCAGAAGAACGCGUGCGGGGCGCUCAGGAACCUCGUGUACGGCAAGUCCACCGACGAGAACAAGAUCGCCAUGAAGAACGUUGGUGGGAUUCCUGCCCUCCUGCGACUGCUCAGAAAAACUGUGGAUGCAGAAAUAAAAGAGCUCGUAACAGGGGUCCUCUGGAACUUGUCCUCCUGCGACGCGGUGAAGAUGACCAUCAUCAGGGACGCGCUGUCCACGCUGACCAGCACCGUCAUCGUGCCCCACUCCGGCUGGAACAGCUCCUCCUUCGACGACGAUCAUAAAAUGAAGUUUCAGACAUCCCUGGUUCUGCGCAAUACCACCGGCUGCCUCAGGAACCUGAGCUCUGCGGGCGAAGAAGCCCGGAAGCAAAUGAGGUCCUGCGAAGGGCUGGUGGACUCGCUGCUCUACGUGAUCCACACGUGUGUGAGCACGUCAGAUUACGACAGCAAGACAGUGGAAAACUGCGUGUGCACCCUGAGAAACCUCUCCUACCGCUUGGAGCUGGAGGUGCCGCAGGCGCGUCUGCUGGGCAUCAGCGAGCUGGACGACCUGUUGGGAAAGGAGUCGCCCAGCAAAGACUCGGAGCCCAGUUGCUGGGGGAAAAAAAAGAAGAAGAAAAAAAAAGCUUCGCAGGAGGAUCAGUGGGAUGGAGUUGGCCCUAUACCGGGAUUUUCCAAGUCUCCUAAAGGGGUGGAAAUGCUGUGGCACCCGUCUGUGGUAAAACCCUACCUGACGCUGCUGGCAGAGAGCUCCAACCCAGCAACUCUGGAGGGCUCCGCGGGAUCCCUGCAGAAUCUCUCUGCAGGCAACUGGAAGUUUGCAGCAUACAUUCGAGCUGCUGUCAGAAAGGAGAAGGGACUGCCAAUCCUCGUGGAGCUGCUGAGAAUGGAUAAUGACAGAGUCGUUUCUUCGGUGGCAACUGCCCUAAGGAACAUGGCCUUGGAUGUUCGUAACAAGGAGCUUAUUGGUAAAUAUGCCAUGCGGGAUCUGGUGAACCGACUUCCCGGAGGCAACGGUCCAAGCGUCCUGUCCGAUGAGACCGUCGCUGCGAUCUGCUGUGCUCUGCACGAGGUCACGAGCAAGAACAUGGAAAACGCCAAAGCCCUCGCCGACACUGGAGGAAUAGAAAAACUGGUGAACAUAACCAAGGGAAGAGGUGACAGGUCUUCACUAAAAGUGGUCAAGGCAGCUGCCCAGGUACUGAAUACAUUAUGGCAAUACCGAGACCUUCGUAGCAUUUAUAAAAAGGAUGGAUGGAAUCAGAGUCAUUUUAUUACACCAGUGUCAACACUAGAACGAGAGAGAUUCAAAUCGCAUCCUUCUUUAUCGACAACGAACCAACAGAUGUCCCCUGUCAUACAGUCAGUUGGCAGCACAUCCUCCUCACCGGCUUUAUUAGGAAUUAGAGAACCCCGCUCGGAAUAUGAUCGAACACAACCUUCCCUGCAGUAUUACAGCAACCAAGGUGACGUCCUUACACAUAAAGACAUAUACACUGGUUCCAGCAAAGCUUCACCAAUUUACAUCAGUUCCUAUUCCUCACCAGCAAGAGAACAAAACAGACGACUACAGCAUCAGCAAUUGUACUACAGUCAAGAGGAUACCAACAGAAAAAACUAUGAUGCAUACAGGUUAUAUUUGCAAUCCCCACAUAGCUAUGAAGACCCAUAUUUUGAUGACCGAGUUCACUUUCCUGCUACUUCAGAUUACACAACACAAUAUGGACUGAAAUCAACCACAAAUUACGUAGACUUUUACUCCACCAGACGAUCUUCUUAUAGAGCAGAACAGUACCCAGGUUCACCUGACUCCUGGGUGUAGCAUUAAAGAAAAAAAAAAAGUUUAUUUCUCAUCUUGCUUGAGAAGAAGUGGAAUGGCCUCAUUUGCUGUUUUGGUGAUGAAAUGUGAAGGUGAAGUAAAAGAAGGAACAA